GGUUCAAGACCAAUAAUUAUCUCUGUUGUACAGGACAUGCCGGCACGGUGCUGAUCUCGCUAAGGAGAUGUUCUAAUGAUCGGGCGGUCUGACGAGUGACACAAGCUUGAUUUCCGUCCCUGAAGCGUUCAGGAUUUUGUACACUUCCUCCAUCUCAAUGCCCUCAGCGAAUCCAGUGCCACACGCCUCUCAUACCCCCCAGAUUCUUAAACCUUCCUCUUCACCUUUCCACAGCUGAGGUCCACCCUAUCCCUUCCCAUCCACCAGAAUACUCGGACAGUAUCCAUCUCAGGCCUCCGCUUCCAUACCAUUAUUCACCCACACGACGGCUGAGCCGUCUAGUGUCUACUUGCCAUACAGUAUCCCCUCUACGUUCUGCAUCGAUCAAUCACCUCCGCCCACUAAACAUUCACUCCUACCUCAGCACACCAUGCACGCUCCAACCCUCACCCACGCGCUGGUUGCUAUCGGCGGGCUCUCAGCCGCCAGCACCGCUGCCGGAUUCAGCGGACCCAACACCAACGCACUCAGUCUGCGUUACGCCGGCGCCCUUGCAGCAGUGACUGUGUUUGCCGGCCCAGCGGUCGCUGUGGCAGCGCCAUCUCCAGGACGGGGUGAUAAUGACGGCGACGGCGACGGCGACGGCGACGGAAGAGGAGAGGGAAGAGGAGAGGGACGGGGUAGAGGAGAUGGCGAAGGUAGAGGCAGGGGUCGAGGAAAAGGCAAGGGCGGCGGGGACAACAUUAUCAUCGUUGUUCCUGGGGGUGGGAAUGGGAAUGGGAAUGGGAAUGGAGCAGGUAAUGGCGGUGGGAAUGAAAAUGGAGGGGGCAAUGGAAACGGCGGCGGCGGGAAUGGUACGGCGCCGAGUAAUGGUACUGCGGGUGCUGGUGGGAACGGCACCGAUGCAUCGGGUGUGGCGGCGGUGAGAUUGAGACGGAGGAGGGCUGGGGCUGUGAAACUGGUGCAUUGAGCAGAGCCUGGAGGGAACUCAAAAACCCCAAGGAGUCCUCUGAGAAGACCAAAUAUUAAUGGGAAAACUUCGUUGAGGUGUAGUCCCAGUCUACUCCGGAAUUUAGGAUUCUUUAGCUCCUCUCCCAGUUAGCUCAGUACGCUUCGUGCCUUAUACAACUACAUGUAUAACACCUUAACCUUAUCCCUUGGUGUUUGCCAACUAUCUCACCUUCUUAAUGACUGGCCUUGUCAUUCAAGUACUUGGGGGUCCGAGCGUUUUUCAACCGAUGGCCCUCUAAACUCUAAAGAGGGGGUGCAAUAAUUCGGAGACAUGUUCUUUAGAGGGGGCCAUAGGUUGAAAAACG